CUACCUCCUAACAACAGCAUUAGCACGCAGCUCCUCGCCUUCCCUUCUCACGCAUAUAUGACUUGACGGUACAUGAUUGGUUGAAUCAUUUACUGUUGUCACCGUCGCUACAUCAGGCAACAACGAGAAGCAGGUGUUCGUCCAGCCGCUGUUUCACUCACUCAGUGUUGGCCGUACAGUAUAGCAUUACUGUUAGUGUCUCUACAGGCAACUGCACAAUGCUUAUUGGACCAAGACCAACACUGGGCUGGCUGGUGUACCUGAUGGUCAAGGGUUCCUGGUACCGGAUGGCUGUGAUUCUCUGUAUAUUCGGGUUCGCCACCCUGACCAUCUUACACCAGGGGAGUCGAACCCUCACACUCCAGUACUCCAAGCCUAUGCCCUUCCCUCCGCCCAUGAUGUUCCUGCCCCCGCCCUCCCACGGCUACAUGACCGCCCUUGAUGCCUGCUCCGUCGAAGCCGCUGCUAUAAGAGUCGACAACCUAGAGUCGAGCAGCCUCCACGGGGACAAGUACGAUGAGAGGGUCAGGGAUGCCGCGAAGAGUGAAGAAGAGGGCGGGAAGAGCAAGAAAGAGGGCGGGAAGAGCAAGAAAGAGGGCGGGAAGAGCAUGAAAGAGGGCAAGAAGAGCAAGAAAGAGGGCGGGAUGGGGCAUAUAGGGCGUCAGGUGUAUGUGUACCUGUGGCAGACCUCGGUUGGGCCCAAAGACGUGUGGGGUCAAUGGGUCACACGCCUCCCAGGAGUUCGCUUGGAUCUCCUCGAGGUACCGAAGAUCGUCACCAGAACGCCCGUCAAGAAACUGGCUAAGCUCAGAAGCUGGAGCAGUUAUCCCAACUGGUCUGUGUGGGCGGCAGCGCGGGUGGCACUGCUGUGGGCGGCAGGCGGCAUGGUGGUGCCUCUGGGUGUGGUGAUGACACGGCCGGUGUGGGUGGAGGCGGCAGGACUCGGGUCAGGAAUAUUGGUGACCGGGCAGGGUGGGACGAUGGACCCCGUGGUGCUUUCCUCCCCCGCCCACCACCCACUCCUCUCCGCCCUCACCACCUACCUGGUCAAUGGCACCAACAACAAUUUUGACCAAAUCACUAGCCAGAGUGAGCUGCUGACGAAGGCGGUGAAGGAGGCGUGCGGCGUGAAGAAUGUGGCUCGUCUCGCUGUUGGUAACUGUUCUGACUUCACCAUUCUCCCCAGGAGCUUUAUUGUCGACAUGGAUCUCACACAGACGCCACAGGCUGUAGGAUCAGAAUCGGCCUUCCUGCGGUACAUCAAUGAGGACUACUUUCUGGAGGAUCCCGUCAUAGCCUACCAGCUGUUCCAGAAUUACCACCUGUCCCAGUACUGCCCCAAGACGGCCAACCAACUGGAGGAAAACCAACUUUCGUGGGACUCGCUGGUAGGGGUAGUAUCUUAA